AUGUCUACGGUCAAUCUGGUCAAAUAUUAUUUUUACAAAGGCAAGAUGCCAAAGAAUCCGAAAGAUUUGCGGGAUGUCGUGGCUCUAGCAUAUCAGACUGCCAGAGAUAUGAAACUUCAUCCGCGGGCAAUAUUGAUCAGGUCGAAACAUCACAAAACCACAACGAUUAAUGGCCAGACUGGAGAGGACCCGAAAGGCUGGCAUUUAACCUUCUGUUACAAGGACGAUCAACAACUUAUCAACAAAACCCACACUGCAUGCCAUGGAUAUACGAGCGAUGAGUACUCCUGGGAACUUCUUGAAUCGACACACGCCGGAGAUAAGCCAGAUUCGGUGAAGCGCAGAUUCUCGAGAAAUGCCAAUGUGUGGCCAGGCCCCGAAGAGCUAGACGAGGCCCCAGAGAUAGGCUACAGCCAUAUCUCGAACUUUGAGUCGUAA